AUGUCUGGAAGACUCAGAAGAGAAGAUAAAGGAAAAGCGAUAGCUACAGACCCCUCACAAGCUCCAAGAACGGCACGAAUCAGAAUUCAGGAACCGGAUAAUGCGGAGCUACUACAACGCCACUCUCUUACCCUCAUAGGUAGAGUCACCAACAAAUCAGCACAGCGAGUCAGAUCUCUCAUCCCAUUCUUUACCAACCUAUGGAAGUCAAACUCCCUACCGGUGGGCUCUGACUUGGGGAAUGGCAUGUUCCAGUUCCAAUUUGAUAACGAAGAGGACCUGCUAACGGUCCUAGAAAAACGACCCUACCACUACGGACGAUGGAUGGUCAUCGUGCAAAGAUGGGAACCCACUGUCUCCAAAACGUUCCCAUCCCUCCUGCCAUUUUGGAUAAAUGUACAAGGGAUUUCUGUUCAUUUAUGGACAAAAGAAACAAUUGAAAAGCUAGGAGAAGACAUAGGAAUCUAUGAGAAAAUGGAGAUUACAUCAACUUCCGUGAGAAUGUGUGUGCAAAUAAAUGGAUUGCUGCCUCUGAUUAAAGCUUCAGUAAUUGAAUACGCAAACGGAGAUGAAGUCACUGCAAAUUUCAUUUAUGAGAAACUAGAGAAACACUGCCCUAAGUGUUUCCGCCUAGACCAUGAUAUCAAAGAUUGCUUGGAAGAAAAGCAUGAAGAAAGAGCCCUCAAAGCUCAAGAGGACAGCCUGCGAAAUGAGGAACGUGAAAGAGAGAGGCUAAGGAGCCGGCACCAUCAUGCAUCAGAUGAUCAAAUGUCUUUCACUUCUCAGCCUAUAAACCGGAGAUUCCAAAACAAAGAGAUAGACAAAAUUACAGCCGACGUGAGCGAGACUUUGAUGCUCGGGACACUCUAG